CUGUCAGUCAUUAGAGAGACAAAAUGGAGCUCAGUCCACUACCUGUGAUACUCCUGCUGGUUUUACUUUUACCAGUGGCGCAUUCUCAAGCAAAACCCACACUAACUCUGAGAUCAUUUCCUUGGAGCCUCAUCAACAGUGAAGACACCAUCACUCUGAGCUGUGAUCUGCAGGACUGGACUGCAUGGGAGUUCUUCUGGUACAGAAAUUCACAGAUUGUUAGCAAUGUGGCAACGAAAACCAACACAUUGAGUGUGAAUGUCAGUAAUGCAGGAGAAACGGAUUAUCAGUGUUCAGCAUGCUGGAGAAGUGACUACAACUACUACACACAGCCCAGUGAUCCUGUCAAGAUCACAGCAAAAGAAAAACCCAAACCUACUGUGAAAGUGGAUCCUCAGAGCUUCAUCUACACUGGAGACACCAUCACUCUGAGCUGUGAUCUGCAGGAGACUGGAUGGGAGUUUUUCUGGUACAGAAAUUCACAGUUUGAGAGGAAUGAACUCAGAGAUACCAACACACUCAGUGUGAGAGUUGAUAUUGCAGGAGAAACAGUGUAUCAGUGUCGUGCAAGCAAAACAAUCAGCAACAUCUAUAACAACUACGACUACGUCUACACAAGACUCAGUGAUUCUGUCACCAUUACAGCAAAAGAAAAACCCAAACCGACUGUGAAAGUGAAUCCUCAGAGCUUCAUCUACACUGGAGACACCAUCACUCUGAGCUGUGAUCUGCAGGAGACUGGAUGGGAGUUUUUCUGGUACAAAAAUUCACAGCUUGUAAAUACUGAAGUUACCAACACACUCAGUGUGAGAUUUGAUAACGCAGGAGAAACAGUGUAUCAGUGUCGUGCAAGCAAGACAAUCAUUAACAACCAUAACAACUACAACUACGUCUACACAAGAUUAAGUGAUUCUGUCACCAUUACAGCAAAAGCAAAAGUCAAACCAACUCUGAGAUCAUUUCCUUCGAGCCUCAUCAACAGUGAAGACACCAUCACUCUGAGCUGUGAUCUGCAGGACUGGAGAGAAUGGGAGUUCUUCUGGUACAGAAAUUCAAAGAAAGUGAGCAAUGUAGCGACAGAUACCAACACAUUCAGUGUGAAUGUCAAUAAUGCAAGAGAAACGGAGUAUCAGUGUUCAGCACGCUGGAGAAGUGAUUACAGAUACUACACACAGCUCAGUGAUCCUGUCAAGAUCACAGCAAAAGAAAAACCCAAACUGACUGUGAGAGUGAAUCUACAGAGCUCUGUCUACACUGGAGACACCAUCACUCUGAGCUGUUACCAGAAGGAGACGACUGGAUGGGAGUUUUUCUGGUACAAAAGUUCACAGUUUGAGUGGAAGGAACCCAGAGAUACCAACACACUCAGUGUGAGAGUUGAUAUUGCAGGAGAAACAGUGUAUCAGUGUCGUGCAAGCAAGAAAAACAACAACAUCUAUAACAACUACGACUACGUCUACACAAGACUCAGUGAUUCUGUCACCAUUACAGCAGAAGUGAAACCCAAACCAGUAGCAUCUAUAAAUCCUGAUAAACAGGUGUUCAGUGGAGACACUGUCACUCUGAGAUGUGAGAUACAGGAUGAAAGUGUAUCUAGGUGGCAGUACAGCUGGUAUAAAGAUGCUUCACCCAGUCCUGUCAGUAGUGUACAGAUGUACAGAAUCAGUAGUGUUGAAGUGACACACACAGGUAAAUACACCUGUAAAGGAAGAGAGAGUGGAGGCUCACGUUCCUCACACCUCAGUGAUGCUGUUACACUGACUGUAUCAGAGAGACUACAGGCAGUACUGAGUGUAUCUCCACAGAACUGGCUGACUGAAGGAGACUCAGUGACUCUAAGCUGUGAGGUUACAGACUCCUCUACAGACUGGACAUUCAGCUGGUACACAGUUGUUCCCUACAGAGACGGUGUAACUGCAAUACAAAAUACUCAUGGAUAUAUAAUAUAUGUGGAGCUUCUCUCAGACAGCAGCAGAGGAUCUGGAGGCUCCUACACUCUCAGUCCUUCUGCUCUUCAUCACACAGGAGUUUAUGUGUGUAGAGGAGAGAGAGGAGAACCAGACCUUUACACAAAAUACAGCAAUCCACAGCCUCUAUGGAUCUCUGGUGAAUCUCCUCCAGUGUCUCUGAUCAUCAGUCCCAGCAGAACUCAACACUUUACUCGUCACUCUCUCUCACUGAGCUGUGAGGACCAGAGUAACUCUACUGGAUGGACAGUGAGACGAUACACAGACAGUGAAGGAGUGUUAGAUUGUUCACAGUGGGGAUCAGUUACAGGAUCUACAUGUAACAUCAGCUUCCUCUCCACAUCCUACACUGGAGUUUACUGGUGCGAGUCUGAAUCUGGAGAAAACAGUAAUCCUGUCAACAUCACAGUUCAUGAUGGUGAUGUGAUCCUGGAGAGUUCUGUUCAUCCUGUGACUGAGGGACAUCCUCUGACUCUACGCUGUUUAUAUCGUAACACAAAUCCCUCAAACCUCCGAGCUGAUUUCUAUAAAGAUGGAUCAGUCGUCCAGAACCAGACUACAGAAGAGAUGAUCAUUCAUAAAGUCUCAAAGUCAGAGGAAGGUUUCUACCACUGUAAACACCCAGAGAGAGGAGAGUCACCGAGAAGCUGGAUCUCAGUCAGACAGAGACCACAUCCAGUACUGAGUGUAUCUCCACAGAACUGGCUGACUGAAGGAGACUCAGUGACUCUAAGCUGUGAGGUUACAGACUCCUCUACAGACUGGACAUUCAGCUGGUACACAGUUGUUCCCUACAGAGACGGUGUAACUGCAACACAAAAUACUCAUGGCUUUAUCAUGUAUGUGGAGCUUCUCUCAGACAGCAGCAGAGGAUCUGGAGGCUCCUACACUCUCAGUCCUUCUGCUCUUCAUCACACAGGAGUUUAUGUGUGUAGAGGAGAGAGAGGAGAACCAGGCUUUCAUACACUGUACAGCAAUCCACAGCCUCUAUGGAUCUCUGGUGAAUCUCCUCCAGUGUCUCUGAUCAUCAGUCCCAGCAGAACUCAACACUUUAUUGGUGGCUCUCUCUCACUGAGCUGUGAGGACCAGAGUAACUCUACUGGAUGGACAGUGAGACGAUACACAGACAGUGAAGGAGUUUUAGAUUGUUCACAGUGGGGAUCUGUUACAGGAUCUACAUGUAUCAUCAGCUUCCUCUCCACAUCCUACACUGGAGUUUACUGGUGUGAGUCUGAAUCUGGAGAAAACAGUAAUCCUGUCAACAUCACAGUUCAUGUGUUGGAUUCUAGACCCAGUGCUGAAACAGUCGGAUUGGCUGUUGGACUGAGUUUGUUUUUAUUGUUCAUUGUUUUGCUGAUUUUAAUGAUCCUGCUGUGGUUCUACAAAAUGAAGAAAGAAAAGCAGUUGGAAUCCAGUCAAACAUCAGAGCAGAAUCAGAGGCGAUCAGGAGCUGAAGACUCUCAGUCAGGAUACACACCACUUCAGACUGCACGUUUCACAACGGAUAUUGUCUCAAAUGAACACCUUUAUGUCAUAGUGGAUCAGGCAGAUACUAGUUUAACAGGUGAAGCUGCAGCUCAGAGCAGUGAAGUUACUUACACACAGGUCAUGAAGAAAAAGAAGACAAGCAGGAAGAAUGGUGCUGAUGCUGAACUCGGCAUGAAUGAUGUGACUUAUGCUGAGGUUCAACUAAAGCCCAUUCAAAAAGUGCAGAGUGCACAAGAAAAGACCAGUGUGGGUGAUGAUACUGUAUACUCAGAGCUGCAUCAUAGUAUGAAGUGAGCCAUGUGUCUGUCUAGACUGAUGAAGCUACAGACAGCAAAGCGAUAGUUAAACAACCCCCCCCCAGCGGCUUUUUUUGCCCUUAUUACGAUGACUUUCCAGGAGAGUUGGACCUGCUGAAAAGUCACAGGAAACCAGACACUGUGACUGAAAAGAAAAUAUUGCUCAAUUCCGAUCUUUAUAUUAAUUUUUCAAUAGUAUGUUUGCGUAUACAGUAUAUGGGCUUCAAAUUCAUGGGUUAUUGCAAGGGGCAAAUGGAAACCAUUUAAUCUAUAAUGGUUUAAUGGGAGAACUGUUCAGUACAGAGGCAAAAAAGACAUGUUUGGCCAGAUUCAAUCUUUUAUCUAUGUCUCAGACUUUAGAAUAGAGUUUCAGAGAACAACAUGAAUGUAAUCUCUGUAGAUGUUAAAAGAUGCAAGUUAUCAUUAUGAAAAUAAUUGUGUAACUAUUUCACUUGUUGAAUAUAGUUAAUGUUUCGUAGUAGCCUAUGUUAUUUACAUAAUGCACUUACCAUGUAUUCACUGUGUAGAUUUUAAGUAAAAACAAUUUCCAUUCAAAA